CGAUAUCGUUAAAUACUAGCCAGCUAGUAGAGCUGGCGCGCCGAACAGUCCAGGGUCCUGCAUCCCCUGUGACCAGCACCUUACUGGGUAGUCACCAUAUCGAUGGCAGGAUGCUAUCCAAUCAUACUGAGGAUGUCGUUCAAAGGUGCAGUUAUAUCUCAAGCUGAACACUCAUUUGUCUAAGCUGGAAAGUAUGCUAGUAUUACCUCGACCGUCACUGACGAUGAAUUGCGAGCCGAGGUCACACGUGGUUUAUUCCAAGUAUCGCGGUGCAUCCAGCCACCGCCGCCGACAAGUCGCAGUAUGUCAGGUGUGCUGUCCCUGAAUGAGAUUGUCGAACGCAUUCAGAGGGAGGAUACUCGAGCAGCGACCCUGCCACCAGCUCGCCCUCCGCCGGAUGUGGAUGACUCCAUUCCGGCGUGGGACUUUGACGAGUCCUCACAUGAAGUCGAGACAGGGCUGCAAGCAGAGCCUGCCUUGAAAGGAGGUGUGGCGCCGCUCACUGCUCCUCCUUCCCCUGCCACGACAUUUUUCACUCUUGAUCUCGAGGACGAGAGCCCAUUAUUAUCCCCAACAUUGAUGCACAACAUCCUCGAGGCCGAGAUGAUCAGUAGCGGAGCGUCGACGGCGCCUUCACUGGAUGGCGAUGAGCCUGCCGGUGAGGGCUCCGGCGAUGGUGCUCUCCCCGCAAACAUCACAGACCAUCCAGCCCACGGUGGUGUAGAACUGCAAGCCUCGUCGGCAUCGGAUCAAACCUUGGUUGCAUUAUGCCUCGCUUUGUUGGACUACAUUGCGAGGCUCGAUGCCACAAAUGUUCGGUCCGCAGCAGGUGACCAAGCAUCUGCGCCGCAGCAGCUGUGCGACUGUAGGUGUCGGGAGCAUGAGGCCUCGGCACAUCAGCAGACCGACGACUCCCAACCCCAGGCACACGAAGCGGUGAUGCAGGAGGUUUAUGGCUCUCAGCGGCAGGUGCCCCAGCCUGAGCCUGAGAUGCAAAACACUCGCGACCCUCGGCUCCAGGUGUACGAAGUCCCUGCAGUUCAAGAGGCUCGUGCUUCCCAGCCUGCGACGCAGCGCGACUUUGUGCGUAUCCUGCAGCCUACGGUGCAAGUCACACGGCCAAGUGGCUCAAUGGACGUCUAUGACCUUUACGAGGUGUAA